AGCCCCGGGGUGCAGCUGGCUGUAGGCACGGCUCGAUCCAGGGGCCUCUCUUUCCAUCUCCUAGGUUUUGCUCUGUGUGUUGGCUUCCUUUUCUUCUACUGAAAACAAGCUUUCCUUUGAUUUCAGCUCCCUGACCCGCGGAGGCAAGGCCCUUUCUCCUCCUGCAUCAACUGGAAGGCUGAUGUGUCACUGCCGCAAAAGACCUGGCUUGAGGCCGUGCUCCGCUGAACCCGGCACCGAGGAGCGGGCCGGGCCCGGAGCAGCCCUGUAAUUAAAACCCACCCGCAUCUUCUAGGAUUACAGAGCAGUAUCGUUUAUCUGGGAAAUGGAGAAGCCGGCAUAGUUGUGGAGGAGAUUAGAAAGCCCAUCUUUAUUUCAACCCCCAAUCCCUGUCAAGAACUCUUUUUGAACAAGAAGAGUGUGGUGACACCAUAUGGAAACACCUGAUGUUCCACAAAGGAAGAGGCUCCUGAUGGAUCCGUGAGGAAGGCCAGCUCUCAGGGCAGUAAUUGUGUUUUUCUAACACCUGGGCAAGUGAAUUAUGGACACCCCCCGGGGGUGAACAGUGCGCACGCAGACGCAUCAGGACUGCUGCUGAUGCUGCCAGGCGAGACUGAUAUAAAUGGGAGUCGUACAAAUAAAAGCUCCGUGGGGGGGCUCGCUACCGAAGCCCGAGUUCAAGUCCCCCUUCUGAAGUUUAGAGACAGCCUGCCUGGGUGGUGUUUGUCCUCGGACCCAGUGAGGAGACCCAGAGUGAUGAACACUGACUCGGAAGGAGGCGGCAUGCCCCGGUGGGCCAGCCGUACCCAGUAGCCCAGUGCUUUGGGGACGGAGCCGCGGAUACCCGGCCGGUGCCUGCGCGGGACCCUCAUCAAAGCAUCAGUGCUGCGGCCUGGGGACCAAGCCACUGAGACCCCGACGCCCGGCCGGCCAGCGGUAGCGUGCCUGCGGUUCAUCAGCUCAGCCGAGAGUGCAUCUAGGGCCGACCCCCUCCUGCACGCGGGAGAGGGCAGCGCUGUGUGAGCGCCACGGGGGCUGUGGACGCAGAAGUGAAAUCUGAUCGCGGGCCAGGAAAGGCCUGCGCAGCUAGAGCCCAGAGGAACCGCCGACCUUGAGUCAGGGCGCGGUCAUGGUGGGCUGCUGAGCGGGGGUCGGGCCGCGGCGGCGGCGAGCGCAGGCAGGCCCAUGGAGAACCCGGUGCCUCCCUGCGCCCUCUACCCCCGGGAGGACCAGGGCCGCGGGGCCGAGGCCGGGGACGCCUUUGCGCAGGGAGCGUGCGGCCAGGCCGGGGACCGGGGCGGCGCUGCCGCAGCUCCGGGAGAGGGCAGCCUGCAGCUACCGGACGCGCAGACACCCUGCAGUCUGAGCGCGUCGCUGUGCUUCAGCUCCGGGGACGACUCCCCGCCGCAGUCUCGCGCCUCCGCGGCGGAGGGCGCAGCGACUCCCCCGCCCUCGCGUCGCAGCGGCCAGCGGGUGGUGGAGAGGCAGUGGGAGGUCGGCAGCGCGGGCGCCGCGUCCCCCGCGGACUCCGCGUCCCCGGAAGAGCCCGCGUCCGCCGAGGAGCGCGCGUCCCCGGAAGAGCCCGGGGAGCCCGCGUCCCCGGAGGAGCCCGCGUCCCUGGAGGAGCCGGUGUCCGCCGAGGAGCCCGCGUCCCCGGAGGAGCCCGCGUCCCUGGAAGAGCCCGCGACCCCGGAAGAGCCCGCGUCCCCGGAGGAUCCCGGGGACCCCGCGCCGGUGCCCCCCGGCGUCGGGCCCGCGCACGGGGAGCCCGACCUGGUCAUCGAGGUGUCCGGCCGCCGGCUGCGGGCGCACAAGGCGGUGCUGGCGGCGCGCAGCGACUACUUCCGUGCGCGCGCGUCGCGGGACGUGCUGCGGGUGCAGGGCGUGGGCUGGGCGGCGCUGCGCCUGCUGCUGGCCUACGCGUACAGCGGCCGCAUGGCUGGCGUGCGACCCGACAACGUGGCCGAGGUGGUGGCCGGCGCGCGCCGCCUGCAGCUGCCGUGCGCCGUGCAGCGCGCCACCGACGCCGUGGCUCCUCAGCUGAGCCUGGCCAACUGUUACGAGGUGCUGAGCGCGGCCAAGCGCCCGUCGGGGGACGCCGAGGCCCGCGGCGACGCAGCCGUCUACUGCCUGCACGAGGCGGCCGGCGAGUGGCGCGAGCUGACGCGGCUGCCCGAGGGCGCGCCGGCGCGGGGCUGCGGGCUGUGCGUGCUCUACAACUACCUCUUCGUGGCCGGCGGCGUGGGGCCCGCGGGGCCCGACGGCCGCGCGCGCCCCUCGGACCAGGUCUUCUGCUACAACCCGGCCACCGACCGCUGGAGCACCGUGCGGCCGCUGCGCCAGGCGCGCUCGCAGCUGCAACUGCUGGCCCUGGACGGCCACCUGUACGCCGUGGGCGGCGAGUGUCUGCUCAGCGUGGAGCGCUACGACCCGCGCGCCGACCGCUGGGCCGCCGUGGCCCCGCUGCCCCGGGGCGCUUUCGCCGUGGCGCACGAGGCCGCCACCUGCAACGGCGAGAUCUACGUGUCCGGGGGCUCCCUCUUCUACCGCCUGCUCAAGUACGACCCGCGGCGCGACGAGUGGCAGGAGUGCCCGUGCAGCAGCAGUAGGGAGCGCUCCGCCGCCAUGGUGGCCCUGGACGGCUUCAUCUACCGCUUCGACCUGGGCGGGGGCCGCGGCGACUCGCAGGCGGCCGCCGCGCCGGCGGGGGGCGUCAGCGUGCUGCGCUACCACUGCCUGGCCAAGCAGUGGAGCCGCUGCGCCGCGCACCUGCGGCCCCCGGGCGCGCCGUCCGGCCUGCAGCCCUUCCGCUGCGCCGCGCUGGACGGCGCCAUCUACUGCGUGAGCCGCGCGGGCACCUGGCGCUUCGUGCCCCCGCGGGACAGCGAGCCCGGCGCGGACGUGGGCGCGGGCGAGGGCGGCAGCUUCGAGCCCGCGCCGCUCCGCGCCCCCUUGGACGCCCGAGGCGCGCUCUUCCCGUUCGUGCUCAACCUGCCCGAGAAGCCGGACCGAGGCGAGGAGGGCGCCGCGUAGGGCGGGCUGGGGCCACCUGGGCAUCUCCCUCAGGGACGCCCCCCGUGGGCCGAGAUUCAAGUGGGGAGAGGGGGAGGGGGGGCGGGGAGAGAGAGAGAGUGGGCGCUGUCCGCGGGCACCACUGAAACGCUUAUAAGUUGGAAGCUUGUCGCGCGGCCUUGAAGAUUUUUCGCAGUGCUGUCUUAAGGUCUGCCGCCCCAUUCCGCGUUCCUUUCCGCGUCGCUUUGCUUAACGGGGUCGACGGUGUAAGCUGUGUGCAAAUAGGGAGCCUUACAAGGAUGACACGGGAUACCUGAGGGAGAAGGAAAAGGACUGGGAAGAUUAGGCCUGGGGUACAGUGGGCGGGACACAGAGCGUGCCCGGGUGGGCGGGGGUGCGCCCGGGUCCUCGGGGGCACGUGCGCUCCCGGGCGGAGUGGAGAGCUGGCCGGACGUGAGCCUGCGCAGUAGCUGGCUCGGGGGCCACCAGGCUGCAGCGAGAUCCCUGAAGUGGGCCACCGUGAGCUGUAUUGGUGAGCCACCGAGAGAGGGCCACCCUGCCGUUGGGCCCCUUAUAACUGAUAAGUAGAACUCCUAAACCUUUUCUAAUUACUUAAAAGGCUCAUGUCAUCAUAAGCUCAAGUGUGGGUUGGGUUUGUUCCAGGUUUCGCAAGAAGGUGGGGUCUCUUGUCCAGCACCCAGCAGAGACGUUUCCCGUGUCUACCGCAGAUGCCACAGAGGGUGGGUCUCGCACCCCUCUCUCAAGAGCAGUUUACGAUGCUUAAAUACUUUGAGAUUUUAUUUUUAAGUGGUACCUACCCCCAAGGUCCGGCUGGAACUCACAACCCAGAAAUCAGAAGUCACGCUCUACGACUUAGCCAGCCAGGCAUCCCCUGACGGUUAAAUGUUUUCAAGUUAAAGGAUCUUAAUGAUUAUGUUUGAUGAAAUAGUAAUGAUUUGCUCUUUUUUUGAAUCUUAGAUCUUUGGUGAAUGAGUGUUUCCCAAAGAGCAGAUCAUGAGUAGGGAAAGCUGACUGACAAGGACGCCUGUCUGUUGGAAGAGGAGUCUUUGAUAGACAGUGUCUGAAUAUUCUCAGCCACCUUCAUGUAUUAUAAUGGGCUCAAAGAAUUGAUUACCUCUCCCUCCCAGAGAAAGAAGGUUAAAACCACUCCUUUUGAUGCUUCCGAAGACCAACAUGGAGGCACAUUUGGAACCCGCUAUUUAUGGUUGUUCCCAAUAUAUGUUAUGUAAUUCUGAUGAGGGAAAUUAAUUUUUUAAGCAUGACUCUAAGAAAACAUAGCAGAGUGACAAAAAGCAUAUUAGCAUAGGGAAAAUAACAUCUACUUAAAACGUAAAUAGUAAGUAAUUACGGGAAUUCUAAUUGAAUUCCAAAAAACCCUAGUAGACUUAGCGUGGAGCUCAGUACUUUGAGGGAUCACAAGCAUUAAAAACAAAUCGGUCGAUCCUCAUUUGUUAUAACAUUUUACUUUCCAGAUCGGUGUAGACUGAGUUUACUACUUACUAAGAACUUAAGGGUACGAUACAUGCUCACAAAUGGAGGCGAAGCGAUUUGGCUUCCGAACCCAAUCUGCUCUUUGAUUAUGACGGGAAAAGUUUGCAUUGAAAGUCACUGGCAUGUAAUUAGAUGGAAUCAUACACACCUUAUGGCUCCUUACUUGUUCAUCCAGUGAUGGGGGUUGACGUCUCUGUAGCAAUAGUGGGUAAUUGGGAAACAGGUUAGAGUCUGUGGUUAUGAAAGUUACCGGUUAAGUAUGUUUAGAAAUGACCGGUUUCAUCUUGAUGCAUGUGCCAGAGGAAUGAAGUUUACGGUUUCGGUUACAAGUUUAUUCAUUCUGGUGAUCUGUGUGCUUGCUCGUGACUCUGCUCACCAACCAGGAGGACAGCUUGGCAGCCUGGUUAAGCAUCUUAAGACAGACAGACGUCCUGUUGCCUGACUUUAUCGGCCUUUUAUAGGAGCAGAAUGCAGAAAUGAUAGUAGAAAGAGAAUUUAGAGCAAAAGGACACAAGUUUGUUGAAAGAAAUGUAUCACAGCACAUUUUUUCUCUAGAAUGUUCUUAUGCUAAAGCUUUUAUAUGACAUGGAACCAGGCUAAUAUUUUCUUUCCUUAAAUAUCGAAUUCGUGAAAUAUGAUCACUGUGAUUUUGCUUGAGAAACCAUUCCUGUGAUGCUUACUGUUCAAAAACAAAAUGCCACGGAAGGGGACUUCCUAACUAGAGUCACCCGCACAGGGGGUACCGGGGGACUUGGGGAGCGUCGGGUGUCCGGUGCAGAUGGGCUUGCAAUCACACACCCACCUGCAGCUCUGUAUUUUGUUUUGUGACUUGAUUUAAUAAAGAAGUGCUGGUCCUAGACCUUGCGGCGCUUCCGGGGGGAACUGGCCGUGGAGCCCUGGGGGCUCGUCCCGGUGGAAUGCCCGAGGACAUCUGGGGAGGCCUAAGGGUGAGUGAGGGCUGUAGAAUCUUCUGUGUCUUAUUUCUAAAUAGGAAUACCUCAUAAAAAUUACUGCAGGACCUGGCACGCCAGGAGGACCAGUUGAUUUUGCUUUCGGGGGGCGGGCGGUAUUUGCAGGUGCAGCCGCACGGGUUUGUACUAGUCACACGAGCCAAAAAGCCAUCCCUCUGGGGUCGCCGAUGCGGAGGGUUGCGUGGGGAGGGGGCGGCGGGCAGUCCCUGCGGGGACUGGCCUCUGAGGGCUGUUGCCGCCAGGAGGGGUCUAAUCGCGUACCACGUGACGUCCCGAGUCUGCACCCAGCACUGUGCGGGAAUGCCUUGGUGUUACUCGUUACCCGUGGAGGUGCAGACAUGCUCCUGAUGACCGAUCUGUCAGCGGCAAGUGAAGCCAGUGUCUGGAGGACAACCAUCCACAGUUCUCAUACAAUUCAUCCCCGCACACUGACAUUUCUACAGAUUUGAGAGAGCGGUGGCAUCGUCAGGGGAAACUGUGGUGGACAUGAAAGCUUGAUGCUUUGGUUGGUUACCAGUAGUGGUUUUGUGCUGUCCGUCGAGGUUCAUUUGAAAGCCAGGGACACGGGCUUCACUUCCUGGGUUUUCUCUUGGUCUCGGGCACAGCCUCAGCACCGGCGCGGACGGCUCGGCAGCUUUCUGGAGCUGCGUCCGGGACCUGCUGAUUGGAGUUCUGCGUCUCUGGUGGCCCCUCUCUCUUUUUCUCUAAGAGAACUAGCCGAAGCUGUGGACAUGCUUUGGCUCCAGUGAAAGAUCUUACAGCGUGGGUUCUGCCGCAGACGCCUGAGAAGCGGAGCCCUCUGCUGUAUUUCUGUCGCUUUCCGCUGUUGCCUUAGUAAUGCUGGUAGCAGCCGCUUCGUCUGUGGGUCUCUCGGGUAACUUCCUGGGCAAGCUUUGGAAACGGGAUGUGUUGGAGGCCCUUUGCCGUUUUUCCUGAAGUCAAGGUAGUUUCUGGACGCAGCCGGCUGUGACACCUUGUGGGGGUGAAGUGUAAGCAAAGGUGCUGUGUUGUGUUGUCUUAUCUCAGAUGCUUUCCUGGCCUUACAAAAUGUUUUAUCUGGGCAUUAACGAAACGAAGAAGACGGUGGCACUCACAAUGAGCACCCGGUCCGGGGGCGCCCGCCUCCCCGUCAGUAAGCAGUCGGCGGCACUCGACCCGCACACGGGGAGAUGCCCGGCGGCCACCGGCCCUCACGCCCCACCUGCGGGCACAGCCGCUCUCCGCGUGCUCAGUGAAUCACUUACAAUGAGCUGAAGUGCAGGCUGGAUGUGUUCUCACGUGAUACCGAGGCUCCUCCAAAACUCUUCCAAGCCGCAAACAACUGCAGUGUGGCGUUGAUUAGAGACCCACCGUCCCUGCUCGUGGCCCGGUUCAGGCCAGCUGAUGCUUGCGUGCAGUUAAUGUAUUUAUUAACGCUUUGGUAUUCACCACCUGGGCACAAAUGCUGUAAAACCUUGUAUGUGUCUGCGUAUGCCGAGAUGAAAUAAACCAGCUCCUCAAGUCUGUGA